AUGGAGCCGGGGUCAUGGACUGAUCAUGGCGCGAUUGGCCUGCCCGCCAACACCGCCUACAACCGGAUCGACCCAAAUUGGAUUACCAUUGAGGGCAAGCACCCGCUGAAGAUCAGCUCUGUAAUUCCGCACCCGCUGGCUUACAAUGCCAGGCUAAAUCACCGCGAGGAGGCCUCGUUCAUGGUUCAGCACCGAAAUUACUACAAUGUCCUGUUUAGUGGCGGUAUUGCUAGCUCGUACACGGCGAAUUACCCAGCUGCAGGUGAGGAAUACCGGAUCCAUAUGUGCCACUCGACAAGUGGAACCGGGGCGUUUGUUGACAAGGCUAGUACGUUGUGCCUGAAAUCUGGCGGCACUAUUUUAUUGGCGAGCCAUGAACAGGUUUACGCCCCCGGUGGACAGGAAGUGGCGGGUAUUAUCAAUGAUAAGGACCUCGGUCUUAUCCUGUACUACUAG